AUGGCAGUGUAUUCCUAUACAUGUAAAAUCUAUCUAUCUAUCUAUCUAUCUAUCUAUCUAUCUAUCAGAGAAUUCUUUUCUCUGCUAAUUUGUUUCUCUUCUCGCUUUGCUAAAUCAGACAUCCACAAGGCGGGUCAUGUCACAGCGACAAGAUUCCUCAUUUUACAUUUUGUUUUCCCUCUUUCUCAUUUUUUAUCUCCUUUUGUUUCGAUUUUUUUUUUUUUUUUUACAUUUCAUUCCUUUAUUUUCCAAUUUCUUCAUAAAUCCUUGACGUUUUCACUUUUCUUCAUCUUCUCUUUUUCUUUUAUUAUCUUUGCUUUUCAUCGUCAUUUCUUUUCUUAUUUUUUUUAUCUUCACUUGUUCCGCCUUUCCCUUUCCUGUUUUUCUUCUGACCUUCCGCUUCUUAGUUAUUUAUUCCCUUAUUCAUUUUUUUUUCGCUUUCAUUUUUUUUUUUCGGAUCGGCCCUUUCUAUUUUCACGUUUUUUUCUUUUCUUUUGCCGCCUUCCGAGAAAAAUAAACCUGGCUCGAAUUACACUUUCCGAUAACUUCAUUUUUGUCUUUCUUAUGUUUCUUUAUCACAUUCGAACAGGACGGAAGUGUAGGCAUGUGCACUUGCGCAUGAAGACUCCUGGGAUUGUACAUCCGGCGUAUACGUAG